UCCGCCCCCUCGUGAUGGGGAAGUUCUUGGGGACCUCACGGAGGCCCGGGGGCGGGGAUAGAGGACAGGGAUGGAGACUGGCCCCGAGAUUGGGAGGCGGGUGGGCAGCGCUGGAGAAUAACGCCCAGGAGCCAGGGCAGCGCAGCUACACACUCCCUGGAAAGCCCAGCCGUCUGGAAAAGCUGGGUUUGGAUUCGCCCCUCUUUGAAGAGUUCUCAGGAAGUUUGGGGGAGGGGCGAGCUGCGCACCAGCUCUACCGGCGUCGGGCGCUGAGGGUGAGAAGGGACCACAAGCAGCAGCAGGUCUCAGUGCUUGUCAUAUUCCUGCCCACGGGUGGGCUCCGGGCGCGCCCGGCAGGGUCCUGGGGGCGCAGGCAAGGGGCCGUAGGCAGAGUGCGCGGGCCAGCAUGGAGGGGCUGGUCUUCCUCAACGCCCUGGCCACUCGGCUGCUGUUCGUGCUGCACUCGCUGGUCGGGGUCUGGCGAGUGACCGAGGUGAAGAAGGAGUCGUGGUACUGGCUGCUCGCGCUGCUCAACCUCUUGCUCUUCCUGGAGACUGCGCUCACCCUCAGGUUCAAGCGCGGCAGAGGCUACAAAUGGUUUUCGCCAGCCAUAUUUUUAUAUCUGAUUAGCAUCGUUCCAUCAUUAUGGCUUCUUGAAUUGCACCAUGAGACCCAGUAUUGCAGUAUCCAGGCUGAAGGAACAUCACAGAAUAUCAGCAGAAAAGAAGUCUUCAAUCAAACAUUGACUUCCAAUGAACAAAUCAGUAGAGCUGAUGAUCUCAUUGAGACGGCCAAAGUAUUUGUUAAUAACUUAUCUACAGUUUGUGAGAAAGUUUGGACAUUGGGACUCCAUCAAACAUUCCUGUUAAUGCUAAUAAUUGGAAGAUGGCUUUUACCCAUUGGAGUCGGGAUCACUCGAGAUCAACUCUCUCAACUUCUUCUUAUGUUUGUGGGGACAGCGGCUGACAUACUGGAAUUCACAAGUGAGACCCUAGAAGAACAAAAUGUGAGGAAUAGCCCUGCACUAGUCUAUGCCAUCCUUGUUAUAUGGACUUGGAGCAUGCUGCAGUUUCCACUUGACCUGGCAGUACAGAACGUCGUUUGCCCCGUGUCUGUGACAGAGAGGGGAUUCCCCAGCCUGUUCUUUUGCCAGUACAGUGCGGAUCUGUGGAACAUCGGAAUCAGCGUCUUCAUACAAGAUGGCCCCUUCCUUGUGGUGCGUCUCAUACUGAUGACCUAUUUCAAAGUGAUCAAUCAGAUGCUGGUGUUCUUUGCAGUGAAGAACUUCCUCGUGGUGGUGUUGCAACUCUACCGCUUGGUGGUGCUGGCAUUGGCAGUCCGUGCUUCAUUGAGAAGUCAGUCAGAAGGCCCGAAAGGAGAACAUGGUUGCCGGGGACAGACCUCUGAGAGUGGGUCCUCUCCGCGGGACUGGCAGAGCGAGUCUAAGGAGGGCCUGGCUAUUCCUUUGCGGGGCUCCCCAGUCACCGACGAUUCCCAACCCACCCCUUAGUUAUUGAUUGACAGGGGUCUGCGGCUAGAACCUGACUCCCCGGUUCUUCUUAUAGGGAGGAUCCUUCUUCUCCCCCAGCCUUGGCAUAUAAUAAUUUUCAAAAGAACAGCAUAAAAAGGUGAUCUUAAACCAAAGCUGAGGAAUUUUCUUUUUUUCAACUGAAUAGAAGGAACUUUGAUUAGUGACUAUUGCUACAACUUCUGUGUGAUGGUAUCAGAUGUUAUAGUUGUUCAACGACUAAGUGAUUUGUUUGUCUUGAACUGUUUGAAAAGCUGUGGAAGGGGUUACAGUGACAUGCCCUCGAAAGAUUUAGUGCAGACGAACUGUCGCGGCUGUUACCUGAAAAUAGAGAAGCUUUGAACUUUGGCUCCAUUGUCAGACUAUUUCGUCUGAUCUUUUCUGCAAUGUCCCUGUGACAUCAAAAAAUGUACAUUCAGUGAAUGCAGAACAAAUGAAGGGAAAAGUGCCUUUAAAAUUACCUCACUGUGGGCUGGAAGCAGCGAAAAUCUCUGCCCAGCUUCCGUAUCAUAGAGAGCCUUAUUCAUCACUGCACAGGCCUUUCCAGGAAAAUCAUUUUUCUGGGCUGAUGUUGCAUUCUGUCAUGGCGCAUAUGCUCUUACAGAGAUUUUAUUGCUUUUGGCUUGGGUGCUACAAAAUUCACAGCAAGUCAUUUUGGUUACAUAUCUACUGGUUGCAAGGCAGGAAAUACUGGUGAAAUGCUAGCAAAGUCACAAUUUCUACUCUGGACAUGAUUUGCACUGUUCGUCAGUAUUUUUCUGAACCCUACUUUACCAUUUUCUAUAUUGCCAAGCUGAAUCACGUGGGCUGAUGCAGGGAAGCUCUGAAGCGGUGAAUAAAGGUGUUUCGGGCCCUGUAAGUGUUACCAUGGUUUCUGGUGUCUGCCAGCAGUAGCGAACAAAGCUGCAGCUUCUCUGAACCGCCACUAUUGGAGGCGGCCUUUGGUCUCAGGGAACAUAGUGAUGGAGGCUUGCAUCAGCCCCACCCAGGGCCAACAGCCCUUGUGGAGUGACGGGAGUCGGAACCUGCCACCCCAUUGUGGGAAUCCGGCAAUUCGCUUUAUUUUCUUGUAUUAAGACUUCAUUUUCCCAGUAUUGAAAUAGCCAUACUUUUCCUUUACAUACCUCUAUACUUUCCAGAUGGAGGUGAUUCAGAACCUUUUAAAGUGAUUUUUGCUUUUAAAGAUACAGUGUGAAAAUGUGCUCGGGUGUAUAGCAGUAAUUACAUGAUGCAAGCAGUUCCAAAACUGUUCUUUUAGGUUCAAAACCUAAUUCCCCCGGAUGAGUAUACUCGAGAAUUCAGAGAGACAUUUAAGGUGGGGUAUGCCCUUAAUUUGGUAUGACAACCAGUUGGGACAAUUUUAUCUGUAACUCUCUGGGUAAGAUGAUACCUAUUAGCAACAUUUUCUACAAACUUUUAUGCACAAAUUCUGUUUUUAUACAGUGUCAUGCAUGUUUUCUUGCAAAUGGCUUCUUCAGCAUCAUUGUCAUAUGUUUUUAUUUCUUUCUUCCUUGUGCUUCUAAUUUUAACAAUAUAAUGACUAUAAAAUGACACACGGAACCAAUGGAAUACAUUUAUGAUUUUCCAUAAUAAUUUUAUGAAAGUUAAGAUCAAGAAAUUAUAUGUAUAUGAAGUAAAGCACUUGACAACUUUUAAGGGCAUGUUAUUUAAAGUGCUCAGCAGUUGAAAGCAAAAUAAUAACUGCUAUUUAUAAAAAUGCCUCAGCAGAAUCUGUUUUUAUGUUGACUGCUUUAUGUUGAAUAUUUUCUUCCACAACAUGUAUGUGCUGCUUAUUAUUGCAGAUUUGCUCAUGGCAUACUUUUCAUGUUUUAAUUUUUUUCUUCCAGCAAAACAAACACUGAGGCCCUAAAAAUAGAUAAAGUAUAAAGUAGUACGGCUGUUGCAAGGAUAUUUUUAAAUGCUUUCAAAUCUCAGACUUGGCUUGGCUUCGUGAAUGAGUUUCUAGUGUUUAAAUUAAAGUAUUUUGUAAUUAGCACUCCUCGUGGGCUUGAGAAAUAAAAAGCCUGUCCAAAGUCUAGCUUUAUUUAGAGGGUCAGGAAGUCAAAGAGCACCCAGGACCAUCUUGGCAAAUAAUAGUGGCAAAAAUAGACCCAGGUUCUGCAAGGUUUUCCAGGAAAAUCUGCUUGGGGCAGCAUUUGUUAACCUAGCUGCCAGUACUCCCACUCUCUUAGACUGGCUGCUUUUAUAGUAGGAAAAAAAGAUCUGCAUUUGCUUAGUUUAUUUGAAAGAAAGCUCUAAACCUAGGUUAUAUAUUAGCCAUUCCUAAGAUUCCUGAUUAAAUAUUAUAAAUUUAUUCAGUUAAUUGUCAUUUUUAAUGUAGACUGCUAAAUACUGUAAUGUUUCAAAACAUCGAAGUGUUUGUUAUAAAGUGGCUAGAACAUCAAUUACCUCCCAUGUGUGGACACCCUGGGGCUUGUUUACAUUUUAUUUGUAAUAAGAUAACUGACUCACAACACCUGUAUAAUGUGAUGCAAGCCAUCCUCUCUAUCAUAACCCCUCCCCCAGACACACAACAGGUCAGUCCCCAACCCCUGAAGAAAGUGGCUUAUUUGAGGUUGUUGGUGCUGUUAUUAUUAUUGCCAUAGUUGUUAUUUAGUUGUUUGAUUAAAGCUCAGUCAAAUGUCCUUCCUAAAAUCGUAUCAUUCCACUUGUGAAAGAAAACACAGUAUGCAUGUUUCAAUGAUAACUGUGCGGAAACACACCUCAUCAUCAUCUUGUGGGUUUCCUUUGCCCUUACUGGAUGACUCUCAGAGGACAUGACUUGACGUAGUAAUAGUAGUAAACUCUCCUUAUCUUUCAUUAUUCUUUUAAUUUUUAUUUGAGCUGUUUCAAUAGCAUAAUAAAAUAAAAUUUUGAAUUGGCCAAUAAUAUUCUUUAUAAUCUUCCAGUGAAGAGUCUGAUACAAAUUUUCUCUUGGCUGUGUUGUAGUUCCACUAACAAAUAGCACUUCAGGCCUCAUAGAACCAUAUAGAUAUGGCCAAGGAAUAUCAGGAUUCACUCUUAUAAUACUAAUUAUUAACUCAUUAUUUAAUUGAACAUUUUCAAAGCUCUGGAAAGGCAUGCAUUUGUAGGUGCACAUGCUUUAAGAUUUCUAUGCAUCUUUCAGAUUUGAAUGUAAUAAUGUUUGGCAUUUGAUUCUUGAUAAUUCUUAACCAACUUUUUCUGUUAAAAGAGAGAAAGAAUUGCAAAUGCCAAGCAUCUGUCCACUGUAGCCCUCCUCCAAUGCCAAGAAAGAGGGAUGGUGACGUAUACUACAGCGACACAAAUGAAAAACCAAACAGUCUUGAAUUACAAGAAAAAAAGGGGAUUGUUAUUUUUUUUUCUAAUUUCAGACUUUGCUUUUUACUUACUGGAAUUCUGAUUUGCUCUCAGAAACAUCUGAUUUGGGGUUAAACUAGGCAGAUGGAGGAUGUUUACAGCUUUGAGGCUUCAAAUAAGUUUCCAUAUGCAGGGAGUAGCUUUAAACAAUGUUUGAAUAAUUAACUGCUACAGUCUUAUAUUUUAUGUGUAUCUAUUUCAUCCUCUGACUCUUUCUUACUAGAAUACCAUUUAAGAAUAUUUUCUCUGCAGUAUUCAUAUUUAUACUAUUUUGCUAUGAGUGGCCUUUGUAUUUUAUUAUAUGCAUUAAAUAGUGUGUGCACAACUUUAUCUUAAUGUGGAUUCUUUUGCUGGUUUUUCAUGUCUUUGUUCUCUACUGCAAUUCAUUUCCUUUAUGGUUUUUAAGCUCUGGUUUAAAAAAUAAAACUGAUCUAUUUAGAAUAUGAUUAAGGUGGCAUUUCAAACCAGUGAGGAAAGGCUGACCAAUUUUACAAAUGAUGUUGGGAAAUUUUGCAAUCCAUCUGGAAAAAAUAAAGUUAGAUUUUUAUCUCCUGCAAUAUAUAGAAAUAAAUUCCAGAUGGAUUAAAGAUGUAAAUGUAAAAUGAAAACUAUAAAUAUUAGAAGAAAAUAUGCAGUCUGUCUUUAGCCUGUGGGGGACGGGAACGAUCUUCUGAAACAAGACAUGAAACUCAGAAGCUACAGAAGAAUUGACAGAUUUUUCCUACAUAAAAGCUUAAUGUUUCUCAGUGGCAAAAGCUAUCAUAAAUACAUCACUCUUAUUUUCUUUUCUGGAGAAAGGAGUCAGAGAAAUCAGACAAGAGAAAUGAGAGGUAUAGAAAUUGGAAAGAAGGAGCCAAAUUUAUCAUUUAUUUAUAGAAGACUGAGUCUUGAACAUCCAAGGAAAACAUAUUAAACCUAAGAAACUUAAGGAUAAUCUGAAAUCACACACAAAAAUCAAUAGCUUUUCUACAUACAAAAUCACAUAGAAUAUAUACUUGAAGAAGAUACUUCCUUUGCAAUAUAAACUAAAUCUAUAAAGUACAUAGGAAUAAACUUGGGAAAUGUAUAAGAUCUAUGUGAAGAAAACUUAAAAAUGAUUGUGAGGGCCAUAUAUGAAUAAUUUAACAAAAAGAAAGACAUUAUUUUAUGGGGAUUGGUAAGAAGCCUUGAUUUCUUUUUUUAAAAGUUUCGAUUUUCCCUAAAUUGAUCUAUAAAUAGAUCAAGUAGCACAAUCUUCAUCAUGCUAUCAACAAGAUAUUAAUUUUUUUGUGACUGCCCAAGUUGAUUCUAAAGAUUUCAUGAUAAAAUAAGCAUGAAAGAAUAGUUAGAAAAUACCAAAAGAGAGUUGAAAAAUGAGAGAGAUAUUUCAAUAUAUUUACAUAUAUUAUACAACUACAAUAACCAAGAGAAUUUGGUUCUGGAAUAUGAAUAAGCAGGCCAAAAAGCUGAACAGAAUAAGUUUAAUAAAUAGACUGAGCUACACAAGGGAUUCUGAUAUAUGAUAAAUCAUGGGUGGGGUAAAAUAUUAUAAAUGGUUUAGGUUUUGGAAAAUAUUAAAUUAGAGCCUUACCUCAAUCCUUAUGUCCAAAACAUUUCCAGGUAGAUUAAAUAACUAAACAUUUAAAAUAAAAUAAGCACAGAAAACUUUGUUUUUAUAAUUGCGAUGGUGAGAAUGCUUUUUGAGCAUGAUAUGAAAUGAGACACCAUAGAAGAGUCAUAAAUUUCAGCUCAUAAAAUUAAAAAUUUUAGCACUGUAAAAAUACCAUAAGCAAAUUCAAAUGUUGAACAACGAACUGAGUUAAUUUGUUUGCAAGAAAUAUAACAAGGCAUUAGUUUUCUUAAUGAACAAACCGUUCUUACAAAUAAGAAAAAAAAGUCACUGAAAAAAUGAGCAAAAGACAUAAGUGUAUGAUUAACUGCAAAAGGAAUAGUUGAAGAAAUGCAAAUCAAACCACAAUGAAAUACCAUUUUUCAAAUGCAGACUCAACUGCAGGGUAACCAUUUUUCACUUAGUUGGUUGGCAAAGACCCAAAAGUUCUUUAGAAUGCUGUAUUAGAGGGGAACAAGGAAAGUAGGCAUUCUUAUUCAUAGUUAGUGAGGGUGUAAAUUGGUACAACUCCUUUGUAAGACAAUUUGGCAACA